AUGGGGUUAGUGAGCACAGCUUUUAAACCUGAAGAUAUGCUGAAGUUGCGAUAUGGUAACUUGGGGAUCGGACACACGCGCUAUUCCACCACGGGAAUGUCAGAACUGCAGAACUGCCAGCCCUUUGUGGUGGACACUCUGCAUGGCAAGAUUGCGGUAGCACACAAUGGAGAACUCGUCAACGCUGCUGCGCUGCGCAAAAAGGCAGGCCCUUAUUUCUUUAGCAACUGUGGUGGAUUACAUGAUUCGGACAGCGAGCUCAUCACUCAGCUCCUUUGUCUGACUCCGCCCAUGGAGGAGGUCGACAAUCCUGAUUGGGUAGCACGCAUUAAGAAAUUGAUGAUCGAGACACCAACGGCGUACUCCCUGCUGAUUAUGCACAAAGACGUCAUCUACGCUGUGCGGGACCCGUACGGCAACAGGCCGCUGUCUAUCGGACGACUGGUGCCCAUUUCCAAACUACACAGCUCUGGAGGUGGAGAAGGAGACACAGAAGGCUGGGUCGUCUCCUCGGAGUCCUGCAGCUUCCAGUCCAUUGGAGCCAAGUAUUACCGUGAAGUCCAACCUGGAGAAAUCGUGCAGAUCUCCAAACAUGGGGUCAAGAGCCUGAAUGUAAUCCCCCGUCCCGAGGGAGAUCCUCCAGCCUUCUGUAUAUUUGAGUAUGUCUACUUCGCCAGGCCAGACUCCAUAUUUGAAGGUCAGAUGGUUUAUACAGUCAGGCAGCGCUGUGGACGCCAGCUGGCCAUCGAGGCCCCGACUGAUGCCGACGUGGUCAGUACAGUGCCCGAGUCUGCUACUCCAGCUGCUUUAGGAUACGCACAAGUGUCAGGCCUGCCCUAUGUGGAAGUCCUGUGUAAAAACCGCUACGUCGGAAGGACGUUUAUUCAACCGAAUACUCGCCUACGACAGCUCGGGGUGGCUAAGAAAUUCGGGGCUCUGACCGACAACUUUUCCGGCAAACGAGUAGUUCUCAUCGAUGACUCUAUCGUGCGAGGCAACACUAUCUCGCCCAUCAUUAAACUGCUGAAAGAGGCCGGAGCAACAGAGGUCCACAUCCGUGUGGCGUCUCCUCCGAUUCGGUUCCCCUGCUACAUGGGCAUCAACAUUCCGACCAAAGAAGAGCUUAUUGCUAAUAAACCAGAGUUCAAGGACAUUGCGAACUAUAUUGGAGCCACCAGCGUGCGUUACCUGUCUGUCGAGGGUCUGGUGACUGCAGUACAGAGCGGCAUUGAGUUAUACGACAAGGAGCAGAUCAGCUCCAGCAGCAAGACCAGCACAAAACUGGGUCACUGUACAGCCUGCCUGACUGGUAAAUACCCCGUCGAGCUGGAGUGGUGA